AAAUGGAAAAGAACUGCAAAAUAAGCCCCACAAAAGAAUUUUUAUUCUAGGUUUUUAAAUGGAACCAUACAUACUUGCUAUUUUAAUUAUCACAAUAAUUGCUUUGAUUGUUAUAUGUUUGUGUUUACUGCGCUGCUAUAUAAUUCGGCACAGAACAUGUCUAAGUCAUGCUGAUCUCAGUGGUAAAAUAGCAAUUGUAACUGGAGCAAAUAUUGGCCUUGGUAAGGAAACUGCAUUAGAGCUGUCACUAAGAGGAGCCAAAGUAAUACUAGCUUGUCGCAAUGAAAUCAAAGGAAAAGAAUGUGCUGCUGAAAUUCGUUGUCAAUCUAACCAAGAGGUGUUAUUUUAUAAACUUGAUUUAGCAUCUCUGAAGUCUGUGAAAAAAUUUUCUCAGACAAUAAUUGAGCAAGAACCACGUAUUGAUAUAUUGGUAAAUAAUGCUGGAGUUUUUCGAUGUCCUUAUAUGCUAACAGAAGAUGGUUUUGAGAUGCACAUAGGAGUGAACUACCUGGGGCAUUUCUUACUGACUAAUCUUUUAUUGGAUCUACUUAAAAAAUCUUCAGCAAGUCGUAUUGUUUGUGUUGGAAGUUUCCUUUACACCAGAGGAACCAUCAACUUUAAGGAUUUCAAUUCUGAAAGAAACUAUGAUCGAACACUUGCUUACUGUAACAGUAAACUUGCUAUCAGCUUAUUCUGUCGAGAGCUUAGCAAACAUCUAAGAGAUACAAGUGUAAAUGUGUACUGUGUGAAUCCAGGAAUUGUAAGAACAAAUUUACUUCAAUAUUCCGUUCCCGCUUUCAUUCGGUACCUGCAGCCUUUAUUUCCAAUGUUUUUAAAUGCCAAAGAGGGAGCACAAUCGAUUAUCAAUUGUGCUGUUUCAGAACAACUUGCUGAGGAAACUGGGUUGUACUAUUCUGGCUGCCAACGGAAAGAAUGGCAUGACAAAGCUUUAAACGAAGAAGUUGUCAAAAGCCUAUGGGAGUUUAGUGAAAGACUAACUGGAUUGUCCUAACAGGUACGUAAAAAACAAUAGUUUCUAGGUUUAUUUAAUUUUAUUAUAACUAUACUUUAUACAUAAAAUAAUUUAAGAAUAGCUACAAAACAUGUUUCUUUCUACCAAAUUCACUCACAAGACUUUGGUCGGCCCAAGGCUAUAGUAGAAGACACUUGCCCAAGGUGCCACACAGUGGGACUGAACCUGGAACCAUGUGGUUGGGAAGCAAGCUUCUUAUCAUACAGUCAUGCCUAAGCCUGGUGCUUAUUUUAUCAGUCUCUUAUGUCAAAUCACUAAGUUAUGGAGACACAAACACAUCAACACCAGUUGUUAAGCAUUAAGUGGUGGUGGGGGGGCGAAUAUACAAACACACAUCUGAUUGAAUCCUCUUUGCGUCAAUAUGUACUUCCUUGCGAUAAUAUAGCCUUUAAUCUAAUUAAGAUAUCCUUGACCUGAAGAGUAUCCAGCAGUACACACCUCGCUUGGAUUUUACCAUUUCUGAGGUUCCACUUGCUAUGAAACAUAUGUAGCCCGGAUUUUCCAUACUCCAUUCUGUAACUCUAGUAUUCUUUUUCACACACUCAGCAGCCUUGGUUGCCUACCAUGGAAUAUAAAAAAGAACUUUUUUUUUUAGCUCAUCGUUCUCCAAUAAGGAAAAAUAAUCCGCAACCUUCCAUCUCUCAAUAAACCACUAGUGUUCCUGAAAGUUGUUUUCUUUAUAUUCACUACGGAUUGCUUGAAGCUAACUUUCUUCCUACACCUUGAUCCCUGGUUGGGAAGCAAGCUUUUUACCACUCAGACACGCUUGUAAACAAUUUCAAAAUGAACUUUCAGCUUCAAAGAAAAACAUUCUUCUACUUCUGUUUCAUUGCUGAGUUUAAUGGAGUACUACCAAACGUAAAAUUAUUUCUAUCUAAUCUGCCAAACUUCAGUAGUUUCACUUUCUGGAUCAUAAAACGAAACAUUGCUCAAUUAAAAAAUAAACACUAACAACAGAAAGUUAUGAAAAAACGAAAACAAUAAAUGCUUUGG